AUAGCGCACCGACUUGUGUACUGUGGUUCUAAAGAAGGAUAUCACUACCAAAUGCAAUCAUAUUUUUGUCGUUUUAGUCAGUUUUGAACUGUGCCUUCAGAAAUUUCUCUCUUCAACAACAUGGACUUCACCUCAGAUGAAGUUGUCAGGGACCUGAGGAUUGUUCUGCUCGGGAAGACGGGAUCAGGAAAGAGCCAAACAGGAAAUACCAUCCUGGGAAAGCAGGCUUUUGUUGCAGAGAUGUCUCCAAGUUCUGUGACAAAGACCUGUGUAAAAGAAACUGCCCACUUUGACAAACGAUCUGUGAGUGUCAUUGACACCCCCGGGAUCUUUGAUACUGCAAUCAAGGAGGGAGAGUUAAGAAGUGAGAUAGAGAAAUGCAUCAUGAUGUCUCUCCCUGGGCCGCAUAUAUUCCUGCUGGUGAUCAGACUGGGCGUGCGCUUCACGGAGGAAGAGAAACAUGUCAUGAAGUGGAUCACACAGAACUUUGGUGCAGAAGCCUCGAAGUAUACAGUAGUGCUUUUCACCAGGCUUGAUGAGCUCAGAGGUACAACCGUAGAGAGAUAUCUGAGCAAAAAUGAUGACCUGAGGAAUCUCAUCAGAGACUGCACAGGUGGAUAUGUUGCGUUUGACAAUACAUGCAUGAAAAAUCGCACUCAGGUAGCUGAUUUGUUGGAAAAAAUAGACGCAACCGUGAAUUUGAAUGGGGGCCACUACCCCCGCAGCAAAUAUGAAGAGGCCCAGAGGAGACUGUGGUGGAGCAAAGUUGGAGAUGGUGUGAAGAAGGUUGUAACACCGUUUGUGAUCGGUGCUGCUGGUGCAGCAACUGUUGCUGCCCCUGUAAUUGGUGGCGCUGCAAUAGCAGAGGAGGCAGCAGCUGUAUCCAUACAUCCAUUGUUGUUAGCUGGCAGUGCAGCGAUUGCUAAAGCUAUGGGGUGGUGGACCAGACCCUGAAACGCUGAGUAACAGUGAAUAGAAAAUAAUGUAGGAUCAUCCAUAUAAAAUAAGCCACAAAGCUUAAAACUGUUUCAUUAUAACACAAUUUAAUGCAGGUUAUUUAGAUUUAAACAGAAGUCGUUUUUAGAAAUCAAGCUGAAUGAAAAGCAUUAAAUGUAAUGUUGGGUUUUUUAAAAACAUCUUCAUGCUUCAUUAUUUUUUUUAUUGCUCUUUCAUUUUUUUUAUCCUGUGCUCAUAUACACAUAUAUAGCCCUGUUUAUGAACCUAUGAACCUUGUUUGCUUUAUUUAUCUCUGUGACAUUGGACCCGCAACCUGUCCAGGGUCAACCCCACCUCAAAGAGAUUUAUUAAUUGCACCACCUGACCCAUCAAGACCCUGAACAGGAUGAAGUGUGUAUAAACAACGGAAGGAUGGAUGGAGUCAAACGGUCAGAUUCAGGAUGUUUCCCUCUAUAUUUCUGCUCAAACUGAAACCCCUGGUCACCAUUCUAGUGUUGGCAGUUGUGUCCCGAUCAUCGUGUUUAGGGUGCCUGCUGUUCAAACUGCCUCCACAUACACAGCCGCUCUGCCAACCUUUGCCUUUGUUUUCUAUUUCCUUUGAGCUCAUGUUGAUUCUAUAAUAAAGUACAGGAAUAAUCACGUCAUGGUUUAUUUAUCUACACUGAUUGUUCUGUUUUUAGUAGUAUACAGUACAAACUGUGGGUAAAAAUUACAACAUUUAUAUUCUGUGUUUAUUAUUGCUGAAACUUGUAUUCAAGCAUAACUCACAUUCAAAUAAACAGAAA